AUGGCUCCCAAGCGACCCAAGAGCGGGGCUGGCGGCGUGGCUGCUGGUCCCCCGGGGGCAGGUGCCAAGAACUGGGAAGCGGGGCUUGUGGCGGUCCGCUUGGAAGAGGAAGAUUGGAUUCCCAGUACUGCCUUUGUUGUUGGGAGCAAGCCUGAGGAUGAACUUCACAUAAAGGCACUAACUCUGGCUGUGCAGGUGCCACAAAGGAAACUCUUCAGUGUGAUUUCUUGGGAAGGAUUAUUAGCACAGAUCAUGGAAGUUGUAGAUGUAAAAGCAAAGAAGGUCAAAGAUAAAGAAACACCUUUAUUUUAUGAAGUGAUAGAAAUGGCAAAAAGCAUUCUGGAUUCUGGGGAAACACUUCCUGUAACUUUGAUUGGAAAAUUAAUUAAAUAUCAAAUGCUAUGCAUCAAACAGAAAGAUCUUCAGAGAAGGAUUGCUGAAAAGAAGGCACUAGAGGAGCGAGACAAGGAGAAAGAAGACAAGGGAAAGGGGAAAGGAAAACCUAAGAAGGAGAAGGAAAAAGAGAAGCCUGCCAGUGCCAAGGCUGGAAAAGGAGGCAAAGGAAAGCGGUCCACUGAUUCACCAAAUAUAUCGGCGACAAUUGUUAAAAAGGAUACCAAACUUAAAAGACGUGGGGAAGAAGAUGAGCUUGAUAAAUUCAUUGAUGAUGAACCAGAUGAUGGUGCUCAGUAUUAUUUCAUAAUUACUGGUUUUUACAAUCCUCAACUUUUACCUAUACUGUCUGAUCUGGGCAUCAAUAUUGGAAGCAUCAUUCAGAUUUCUUCUGACAAUUAUGAGCCACUCCAGACCUAUUUAGAAACAACUACAUUGCAGGAAGAACCAUCUCUUGCAUCAGAAGUGAUCGAAUCUGAAAGCAAAAAGAAGCAAAAAGCAGAUAAAGACCUGGAAACAUUCUGGAAAUAUGUGGAGCCAAUCCUGAACAAUGGAAAACCAGGAUCAAAUAUUUUUCAGAUAGCUAGACUAUAUCACAAAGUCCAGGAGUCUUCCUUUCCUGUGGACUGGAGCAACAAUGACUUGGUGCUUGAAACUGGAACAGAAAUCUUUGAAAAUGUUGCAUGUUUAAUGUACGACUGCCUGGAUUGGAAAAGACAACACCAGUACUACUUGAAUUCAACUAGAUUUAUUAAUGUACCUGUGGUAGAAAGGAAAAGUAAAUUAGAGGUACAUAUGUCUGUUCCAGUUACUCCUACAAAAAAAAAGCAGGCUAUAGAUGAGCCUGUGCCACUCCCAGUUUUAACUGCAGAUGUAGACAUGAGGUACUACAAUGAUCUCCUGAGUUGUGUCCCUGAUGAGGUGGUUUCUGUUGCCUUAUUACUGGAGUGUAUGUUGCAGCAGAUUGUCGCAUCUGAAGAAAAUCUUACACCACCAAGCCAAGUGAUGCCACUGCCACGUGAAGAUGGGUUGGAUCAUACCAUUGCCAAUCAUAUUGUUUCGAUUCUACCUUCACUUGCCCUUCCUGAGAAUGAAAAAAUGGAGCUGUAUAAUUCCUUUUAUCCUGAAAAUGAGGAAAAAGUUAUGGCUCCCAGAGGACCUCUAAUAUUAAACUAUCAUGAUAAUUUGUCUCGGAAGCUGCACUGCCUAAAGGUAAAAGAUGGUUUAGACCCAAUAAAGAUUGAAGAGGAAAUGAUGGAAAAGCUGCCUUUGAUGGAACUUCUUAAAUUCCCUCUUCCAUCACCUGCAAACAAUACCAAACGCCUUGCCAGGCUUCAUGAACUCAUGCACUAUUGUACCGAUGAACAUAUGAAUUGGGCUGAAGUAGAACGAGCUUUUCGAGUAUUUACUUUUGAAAGUUUGAAGCUGACAAAAGUCGAUAACUCUGGGCGGCUCGAAAGUUCCGGCAAGAUGCUUGGUGGUGAUGAUGAGGUGUCUUAUAUCCCAUGGGACAAUCCUGCUAGGUUUGCUAGACAACUGAGACAAGAAUUAAUUUGCAAAAAGCUUUCUAAAGAACUUAAUCAGAAUAAUUCAGAUUUGAUUGCUGAUGUUCAUGAAAAUGGUGUGAACAAUUCUGUAGAUAAGGUAAGAAGUGCUGAAAUAAGAACCAUCCAAAAGACCCAGCAACGGUGUUUAAAUGACUGGAGUUUUGUUGAGCAUUUUCAACCGCAGCUCCUCUUCCAGGUUCUUCACAAUGCAACUCAGAAUUAUAGGUGCCUUGAUUCCUAUUAUCAUACUCAAGAUAAUUCUUUGCUGAUAGUCCUUCAUAAUCCCAUAAACCAACAUCGUCAGUUCCAGGAGUUCUGGAACAUUUCACUGCAUUCUGAUGUUGGGUUCAGGAAUUAUCUGGAAUUGGUGGCUGCCUCCAUUGAUGAAUGGAUAGUGAAAGAAGAAGCCAAAUACCAGGAAGAGAAGAUGAAUAAGGAACUGGAGGCACUUAGAUUGGCUAAAGAGGCAAUGGAGAAACCUCCUGCUGAGGUCAAGUCUCCACCUUCUGGCAAGAAAGGAGCUGCUGGAAAGAAAGUGAAAAGUUCUUCCAAAAGUAAAGUAGAAGUUUCAUCUGAACCUGUACUUGAGAAGGAAAAAAAUAUAUUUGUCAGAGAUGAAUCUCUCAAGGCCUGGAAGGAAGAGCAAGAGAGGCUGUUGGAGGAAGAACGCUUAAAAGAACUAAAAAAAGCAGAGAAGAAGGAAAAAUCUGAUGCAAAAAAGAAAGGCCAGGCUAAAGAGCCGCCCAUUCCUGAAGAAGGAAAAGGAUCUAAGAAAAAGGGUUCUAAGGAUAAAGCAGAAUCAUCCAAAUCAUCAGAGCUUGAAGAUCAGACCAAGUUGCAGAAACAGAGUAAACAAACGGUGCAUCCUUUGCCUGAAGAGAAAGACUAUGAGUUUCAUGGAUAUAAUAUGGGUGAGAAUCCCAUUCAAGUUUCAGGGACAAUCCAGUAUCUUUUCCCUACUGAUGGAGGGCAAAUCCAAGCAGAAAAAAUAAUGUUUGAAAAAGGGUCAACCUUAGUUAAAGUGAAGGUGAUAAAAGAUAAUCACAGUUUCUUCAUUCAUAUAAUAGAUCCUCAGAUAAGCCUAAUAGAAUGUAAAAAUGAAGAAGGAAGUUUGUGUUCCCCAGAAGAACAUGAGAUAAAGCCAGAAAAACUUAGUCAAGGAAAACCGCUGAGCAAAUUUGGAUCAUUUUCUGCAACCUUAGAAAAUGAAAUCCAUCUUUCCUUUAGUUGUUAUGGGGCUUCAGGAAAAGCAGCAGAAGAAACGGAUCCUUAUUUGGCAACUAUUCUGGCUAUCCCAUCAGUAAACGUGCCGACUUCGACUUUUCUUUCCUCGGCUUUUUCUUCCGGUGCAGUUCCUGCCACAGGAAAGGCAAAGCCAGGUAAAGAGAAAUCAGCCAAAUCCUUACCAUCUGCCAGAGUGAGUUCCCGUAUGACAGUAAACGUAUCACCUGAAGAAUCUCCAGUUCAAGAAGAGAAAAAGACAGAAAGAAAUGAGCCAAUCCAAACCCAAGCUGUUCCUGAAACCCGUGUUUUCAAUACUUUGAAUGUGUCUUCUCCCAACGGAUUGGUAGUUACCUUUAUUGGUCAAAAAUUCUCAGGUGAGGAAAAAGGAGAGAAAGACAAGAGCGAUGAUGAAGAAAGCAAAACAGAUGAGACUAAAUCAGGUGAUGUCAAGCUGGAAGAAAUCAAAACAGAGUACAGCAAAGAAAAGCAGACUCAACACGAGCCCCUAGCUAAAGACAAUGGAAACAAGACAAUCAAUGCCACAGCCAGUGUUGAAUCUGGAGCAGUUUUUACCAUCAGGAAUGAGACUGCCAGGGACAGCAAGUCUAAGAUGGAAACAGAGGAUAACUAUAUGGACGAGGAAUCUCCUUUUGAAAUAUUUAUUAGGCAGAGCUAUCCACAAAAAGUAAAACAGUCACAACUUCAUAAAACAGUGAAGAAACCAAUAGAGCAAGAAGUAUCCAGAGUAAUAACACGACAAGGGACUGUUGUAAAGUAUAUGAUAGAUGGAUCCACUCAGAUACUCUUUGCUGAUGGCACAGUGAUUAGGAGUCCAGAUUCUGGCCCUGUGAUCCCACCUCCACCUGCACCCAGCACACCUCAUACAGAGAUCACACCCACUCCGGAGACAACCAUCAAAAAAAGCAGAAAAAAUACUAAAGGUUUGCUUGCAGGAAAAAAUGAAACUAUUGAAACAAUUGCUGAAGAACCUGUGCCUGAACCUGAACAAUCUACUGAUGCCUUUGCUGGCACUUGGAUAACAACUACCCCAUUAGGCAUUCAGAUAGGUACCAAGGGAACCGAAAAGCUUGAUCUGAAACCACUCCUGUCUUACCAGGCCACUGAUCCAGUUAAUGGAACGAUAAUGCUAAUGAGAGAAGAUAAAGUAUUAAUGGUGGAGAAAACAGAUGGAUCCCGAAUAGUAGAUCAUGCUGAUGGCACCAGAAUAAGCACCCUCUUCCAGGACUGUGUAGAAAUUGUUUCUUCUAGUGAGAGCGAAGAAGCAGACAGUUACUCUCAAACUAUCACAAGGAAGGUGAAAUGCAUGCGUAUUGAAAACCCACACUUUGCAACAGUCCUAACAAACUCUGAGGACAGCACUUGUUGUGCCAUUUUUGCUGAUGGCACUUCAAUUAUAUCCAAGCCACAAGGAACAUACCAGAUUUUACCCGUAAACAAAGGUUCCCUCUUCAUCGAUGAAAAUUACUCUGCAGUUUACUCGCCAGAGGCAUUUGAAAAAAAUGAUAGUGAACUGAUAUCCAGUGAUGAGAACCAGCAUCUAGGGAAAUACAUUAUGAAACACAAUUCCAAGAUUGUCUGUGAGAUGACAGACAUCACAGGAAAUAUUUUCAAGGUCAUGGCUGAUGGUAGCACAUCUACAUUCAUUCCUUCUGUUGAUGUUGAAAGCAAAGUAAUUGAACCAACAGAAAUUCAGACUCCUGUGAUAUAUGGGGAACAUGCACCCAGAUUCUUCAUUGUCCAUGCGGAUGGCUCAGGAACUGAACUCCUCCGCACAAAAGAUACAGAAGAAUAUCUGUCAAUAGCAUACGGUCACCCUACCAUAACUGUUCUUCGGGAGGCAGUACAAGAAUGCCCAGGAAUCCUAAGCAUUACUGUUCUUUGCCCUUUGACUGAAGUAUCUCAAUGGAUAAUGAAAAAAGACUCUGACACUAUUGUUCCUUAUAAUCUCCAGUCCAGAGAUUGGGAAAACUUUCCUCCUGUUGAGAGAAAGACUCCUGGCCCUCCAUUUGGAAUGCAUGCAUGGAAAGGCCUAUGCAUUGAGUUCAAAGAAUUAGCAGUUUCUCCUGCACCUAUAAAAAAAUGUCCAAAUGUUCUCCAAAUUCGUCGCCUAAUCCAGUAUGAGCCAGUCAGUGAUGAAUUAAGAUACAAAUUGCAAUCUUCUGUCAAGGAAUACAUUGACAAAAUCAUUAAGCAAGAAGAUGAGAUGGAAGAAAGAAUGAUUAAAGAACCAAGAACAGAACAGGAAAAGAAAAAUGCAGCAGACCUUCUCAAGCUGGUUAUGUCUUUUCCCAGUCUUGAAGAAUCCUCAGACUUUUGCAGUAGAGCUGCUCCAAUAUCUGUACUGUAUGAGCAGGCAAUGAUAUCAAAGAUGCCGAGUUCAUCACAGGAAGUAUUGUCAAAGCAAACGGAAGAUUAUUGGAAAAAGAUGAGGAUGAGCCACAAUGAACCCAUGAAGAUUUCUGGCUGGCAGACCAAAUUAGCACAGGCCAGGCAGGAAAUUGAGGAUGGAAAGAAUUGUCUUAUGAGGUUGAGGUACAAAAUGAUCCCUCCCUAUUUCAAGUCUGAAUUUGGAAUGCAAUUUCUUCAAAAAGAGUUUCCAGAUAUUGAAGUUCUCUCAGGAAUGCUCCCUCCUUUUCCAGACAAAGAAACAAAGGAACUAUUGUCGGAUACAUUUACAGAAUCUUUUGAAAAUGAAACUGUUGGAGAGAGAGCAAAUGCAAGAGAAGGAAGUGAAAAUGGAGUCCAGAUCCGUCCAAAACUUCGAUCACUUCUUGUGGAUGUUACAGGAUCCCCAAGAAAAGAGAAAGUGAAAUUGCCUGCUUUGAUACAAAGAAACAAGCCACAAUCAGUACCAAGGCAAAAAAAUGUAGACCUUGUUUCUGGCAAAGUCCGCACAUGCUCUGUCACAGCACCUUCCCAGAAAAUGUCAGGAUUCCUUCUUAUCCCACCGAAGGUGACAUUUGGCAUUCUUAAGGAGGGCUGCACUUAUUCAACCACAGUGGCUUUGAAGAAUGUUGGAAUGGACUUCUGCAGGUUUCGGGUGAAACAACCACCACAUUCUACAGGAUUGAAAGUGAACUACACCCCAGGGCCUGUGGCUGCUGGACUGCAAACUGUACUGGAAAUAGAGAUUUUUGCCAUGGCUAUUGGAGUGGAAGGAGAUGAGGGCUUGGACAAACUUUCCCAUCAGAUUGAAAUUCAAACCGAAACCGAAAUACUAUUUCUUCCUGUGGAAGCAAAUAUCUUUCAGUACAAUGUCUAUGAUGAGAGACCAUCAAACUAUCCCAAGGGAAGGCAAGCCUCCAGUGUCCAGUUGAUUCCAGCAAAUCCAGCCUCUCAGUUUAGAGUAAUACUUCCUCACAAGCUUCCUCAUUAAUGUAAGCAAUUGUAUUUCUGUAUGGAAAGUCUGGGUUUCACCCUAUCAAAAUGAGACCUUAUGUGUGGCAAUUAAAUCACUAUUGGGAGGAAGUAGUAAGGAGCUUGGGAUGGUGGGGAAGGGCUAGUGGGUGUAGGUGGAGGGUAACCAAGAGACCGUUUGGGCUUAAGAGUCAUGAAUGGCAUUGAUAGGGACAGAUCCUAAAUGAGAGAAUUACAACACCAAAAUAUUCAAACAGUGAAAGAUAACAAAAUUUAAAAUGUGCAUAAAACCUAUUGGGACACUGUAUGCUACACAUGCUUUUUAAAUAGGUGGCUUGCAGAAUUCUAGGUGGACACAUUUCAAUGUACUGCUGGGGUAGGUGAUAUGCCUCU